CUGAGCGGGCGGCGAGGGGAGGGGGAAGUAGUCCCGGCCCGCCCUCCGCGGCCGCAUCACGCUGGGCGGGCAGCGCGGAUCCGUGCGCGGGGUUGCUAAGGGUGAAAGUUUGCCGUGAGUUGGCUCACUCGGGGCCAGGGCGCGGGCGGCAGCGGGGCGAGGUGAGGCGGCGGCACCGGCACCCGCACCCCCUCCCUCCUCCCCCCCCAAAUACAACCAUCCACCUUCUCCGGGCGUCCCGCACCACCUCCGGGCCCGCGCCGCAGCUCUCGGGCCCGCCCCGCGGAGGAACCGCACCGCUGAGGAGAAGGCGAGGGAGGGGAACGGGGCAGAGACCCGCACGUAGCGCCUGGGCUCCGCCGGCAGCGCCCACGGCCCCUGGCAGCCGCUACCGGAGCUGAGGACGAAGUCUGUCUGGAGCCAAAUCUUGUCUAUGUGCGUGUCAUUUUGUCUCUUUUAAUACACUGCCCUGACUUGCUUGCUGCGAAGGGAGUAUGCAUCUGGAGAUCAAAGUUGCUCUUAACUUCAUCAUCUCAUACCUGUACAACAAGCUUCCUCGGAGGCGGGCAGACCUGUUCGGUGAGGAGCUAGAGCGCCUGCUGAAGAAGAAAUAUGAGGGUCACUGGUACCCGGAGAAGCCUCUGAAGGGAUCUGGCUAUCGCUGUGUUCAUAUAGGGGAGACGGUGGAUCCGGUGGUGGAGCUGGCGGCCAAGCGGAGCGGGCUGGCCGUGGAGGAUGUGCGCGCCAAUGUGCCGGAAGAGCUGAGUGUCUGGAUCGAUCCUUUUGAGGUUUCCUACCAGAUCGGCGAGAAGGGCUCGGUUAAGGUCCUCUACCUGGAUGACAGCGAGGGCUGCAGCGCCGUGGAGCUGGACAAAGAAAUCAAGAGCAGCUUCAACCCCGACGCCCAGGUAUUUGUCCCCAUUGGCAGCCAGGACAACUCGCUGUCCAACUCUCCGUCCCCCUCCUUCGGCCAGUCACCCAGCCCCACCUUCAUCCCUCGCUCUGCCCAGCCUAUCACUUUCACCACUGCCACCUUUGCUGCCACAAAGUUCGGCUCUACCAAGAUGAAGAAGGGCGGAGGGGGCGGAGGAGGGGGCGGCGGAGCAGGGGCUGGGCAGCAGCCCAGGAUGGUCAGGUCCCCCACCACCAACCUGCUGAAGCACAAGGGCCUCUCCCUGUCUAUGCACUCUCUGAACUUCGUCGGGAGCGCUGGGAGCCAAGCCCCGCAGUCGCAGCUCUCCCCCAACGCCAAGGAGUUCGUUUACAGCGGCGGCUCGCCAGGAGCCAGCAGUCUCUUCUUCGACGGUGUUGCCACCGAGAGCCAGGCCAGCAGCAUCCCGCCGACGUCGCAGUUCAACACCGGCACGGGCGGUACCUUCGAUAUGGCUCAGGUCUUUGGUGGCAGCACCAACAGCCUCUUCUUGGAGAAGUCUCCCUUCGUGGAAGGACUCAGCUACAACCUGAAUGCCAUGCAGUAUCCCAGCCAGUCGUUCCAGCCUGUCGUCCUGGCCAACUGAACCCGAGGAAGGAGAGUAUUUUGGGGCAGGGAGGGAGGGGGUGGGGGAAACAAGAACAAAAACAAAAAAGAGGGAGAGAAAAGAAAAAUAGAAAUAUACAGAAAAUAUUCAAAUCUUAUAAAUAUAGCUUCUUGGGAAAAGAGAGAGCCCAGUGUUGUUGCGCUGUGCUGGCAACGCUCCUGAAGCACUGACUUGUUUUUUAACUCAGUCCCUGUGCUUUUUUCCUACUCACUUUUUUACUCCUUAAAUGAGUCUUGGGAUUUUGUCAGUUUGUGUUUUUCCCCCUUCCCCCCCCAGCCCAGGACUGGUGCAACCAUAGGUCACGAUGCUCCCGAUUCCCUGCACCCACCCACCUGCCCCCCGCCCGCCCAGCGUUGGACACGGGGUCCUUCCACCUGGGUGUAGGGACGUCGUCUUCGUACCACCUGGCUGGAGGCUGGAGGAGGGCCGGGGAGAGGAUGAGUCAGUGUCGGUGGAGAUACACACACUGGUGUUGCGUCCUAGCCAGAAAUGGGUGGGUGAGCUUUGCUUUUUUUUUCCUGUUACGGCUCUGCGUGUAGACGGAGAGCAUCUACUGUGCCCACGGGCGUAGACCGUUGUACUGUUGUUGCUCCAGCCCGCGCUGGCGUCAGCUGUUCUGUCUGUGUGCUGAAAAGCACCAACGCUCUUCUCCUUGAGCGCUCAGGGAGGGCAGAGCGUUACUGUGAAAUGGCUUCGUCCUGCUCCCAGCCGCGACUGCAGGAGGGACAGCGCUUUGGACUGAGUGACUCUGGUUAUUGCCCCCCCCCCCCCCCCUCCCGCGCGCGAGCGAGUGAGGGGGCCUUUCCGCGCCCCCUCGGGCCGGGCGACGGCCCUGGGGUGUAGAAACGCCACCCGCCCGUCCCUGCUCUCAGGUCGGAGUUUUCAUUCCCUGCUGUGAAUUCAUCUUCUCGUCUCUGAGAGGGAAUUCCUUCCUUUUCAGUUGGCGAGGCAGCACUACUUUUCAGGAAGAGAAAGGGCUAUGUUGUUGAAGCUGCUCUCUUGAGUGGUAGCAUAAGGAUUUGUGCUUUCAGCCAGGUACCCACCUGACUCAAUCCCCUCCCCUGCCCUCCUGGAGGAGCAGGAGGAGGUGGCUCAUCUGGUGCGGAAGGGAAGCGCCUCGCGUGAGCUCGUCGUUCCAGCCGGAUCACGUCAGCAGGGACGGCGGGAGGCUCGGGGCGGAGCGGGGACGGGCGCUCAGGAGCCGGGCAGCUGUCCCGGCGUGUGUCUGUACGGUGCCUCCCCCCCCCCCCCCCCCCCAACAGGGCUGGGAUCAGGGAAUGCGCCCGCAGCUUUCCCCAGGACGACGUGCUGCAGUCGGGCUUCUCAGCUAGGUUGCUUUUAUGUCAGGGACUCCAAAACCCACCUUCAGGGGAAGCUGAAGGAAGACUGCUUCUUGCCCAGGCGGGGUGGAGGGCUCUGUAGGUGGGAAGGAGGCCUCCUCGGAGGCUGCUGUGGAAGUACAGAAACGUGCAAAGAGGAGAGAGAUGGAGAUGAUGAGACUCCAGUCUUUGAAGUUCUCAGUUUAAAAGAAAAAUAAGCUUUCUGCUGCCUUCCAAACUUGAGGUUUGGUUUUCUUUUAAUGAUGUCUCUGGAGCACCCUCGGAAAACCCACUUCUCCUGUACCUGUUGAACCAACGCUCUUCCAAGACAUCCCUGUUUCAGGGGAGAUGGGCUCGAGCCCGUGCUUUUCCCUCUCCCUUCCCUCGAGCCGAGAGGAAGGCGCUCUGGCCCUCUUGUAGUUGUGUUGCCAAUGAGCCUUUGCAGAGGUGACGGGCUGUCCCGAGGGGGCUGCCGCAGCCCGGAGCUCUUUAAGGAGAGUUUCCAGCGCGCCUUCCCCCUCGCUGGGUGCCUGGGGGAGGCACGGUCCCGACCUCGCGCCGGGGCCCGAGCGGGCUGCUCGCCGUCAGGCUGUGACCCACGAGGAGCGCGGAGCCCAGCUAGCUUCCCCCAAACCAGUGCCCGCAGCCUCGACCCUGCAGGUUUCCAGGCUGGGACGAAUCGAUGAGGAAUGGCCGAGCUGUUGGGUUUCCUUUUUUUUUUUUUUUUAAAAAAAAAAAAAAAAAAAUUUUUCCAAACCCUCCACUUCACGGACGUUACCACUGCCGCCACCCCGUCCUUCUCCCCGGGAGCGUGCUGCUGAGUGCUGGACCGAGGGGUGCUGAGCCCCUGAUGGUGGGACCCGGUCCAGCUGUGUGUGUGUGUGUGUGUGUGUGUCCCCACCACAUCUGGCCAAGCCACCCGCCGCUGCCGUGGGACAGCGUGCUCCCCUCCGGCACGGGGAGCGGGGGGAGAGGUGGCGAUGCCCCCCCCCGGCCACCCGCUUAUGUGUGUGAAGCUUUGAUGCCGCUUUGCCCUGCCACACGUAUUAUACCUGCUUUAAAAACAGUGGUAUGAGUGGAAGGAGGAAAAGAGGAGGGACCAACCUCUGUAUCUUAAAAGGAAAAAAGCGUGCUUCAGAAACGUUCCUCCAGCGUCAGGCAGCAAUGGAAACUAACGGCCUUUUCGGGUCUUUUCUAGUCUUGGAUGUAGGCGUUCAGCUUCAAUUUUAUUUUUUAAAAACCUGCACUAAUUUACCUGGUUUCUUAGGAAGAGAAGAGAGAAAUUUUUUUUUUUAACUUUUAUUUUUUAUGGGUUUGUGUUCUUUUUGUUGAUGUCUGUUUGUAUUGAAUAAUUUGCUACAUUUGUAAAAUGUAAGAGGUAUAUAUAAUAUAUGUAUAUUUCUAACGUAAAAAAAAAAAAAAAAACAAACUAAUUUUUUUCUUUUCGAGAUUUUUUCUUAAAAAGAGGAGAGAAAAAAAAAUAUUUUUUCAGGAAAAAAACUUUAAAAAAAAAAAGAAGCGGUGAAGAUUCCUUUCUCCCCACUCAGCCUCCCUCCUUUCCCUCCCGCCCCUCUCCGAGGAGUGAAUCGACAGUUGCCUUGUGGGAGAGAAUGAGUGGAAGAGGACAGAAGCCUGCAUGUCUCCCAGCGGCGGGUUUCCGUGUGUGCUCUGCUUGGGUUUCUUUCCGAGAAGGGGGCUGCUGAGAGGGGGAACCAGGGGGUUGCUGUUUUGUUUUGUUUUGUUUUUCUUUUUGUUUGUUUUUUUUUUUUUUUUCCUUUUUUUUUUUUUUUUUUUCUUUAGCGAAGGAGGAAUACAAUCAGAGUUUUGUAUUCAGAAUGUUGUGCAAUAUUUUGGAACGGGACAUUGGUGUGUCUAGAGAUUUAGUUAAAAACAAACAAACAAACAAACAAAAAAAAAAAGAAAAAAAAAAAAAAGGUUGAUCAAAUCUGUACAGUUUCUAUUGUUCCAGAUUUUUUUAAGUUUGUAUUAAAAGCAUGAUAUAAUAA